AUGCGACCGUACUCCUCAGUGCGGCGGAUGACUCAACAGUCGAACCGACUGCGCGUCAUCGGCGUACUCGUGCUUAGCGCAUUCGUUCUCUUCGGCUUUGUCAUUUACUCUGAAAGCCCUUGGUUCUCUCCUUGCAACUCGCCAUACUCGAAUGUCUACGACAUCGUAAUCGACGCCGGCAGUACCGGCUCGCGCGUACAUGUGUUUCAGUACGAGCGCAGUAGCACUGGUGUCAUACUUCUGAGAGAGCGCUUCAAACGGAUAGAGCCGGGACUGUCUUCAUUUGCCACCGAUCAGGAAGGCGCUAAGCAGUCGCUUGCGGGGCUCCUGCGCUUCGCUGAAAAGGCAGUUCCACGAAGCUACCAGAGGUGCACUUCCGUAACCCUCAAGGCCACCGCCGGCCUCCGGCUUCUCCCUGAAGCCGAUCAGCAGGUGUUGCUGGAUGCUGCCCAGCAGACCCUCAAGGCAUUUCCGUUUCAGUCUCGUGGCGCCUCCAUCGUCUCUGGUGCUCAAGAGGGCGUCUAUGGGUGGCUCACGGUGAACUACCUCCUUAACAGGCUCGACAAGGAGGGCGCCACCGUCGCGACCAUAGACAUGGGGGGUGCCUCGACGCAGGUGGUGUUCGAGACGAAGUUCACGUCUGGAGAGUGGCUGCCCUUCAACUACGCCCACCAGCUGCGCACGCCAAAGCGCACCAUCGCCAUGUAUCAGCACAGCUACCUAGGCCUUGGGCUCAACGAGGCAAAGAAGACACUGAUGACGUUGUUCGCCAAAGUGAACGGGACAUCCCCUUUUUCAUGCUUCCCGAGAAGGCAUACGGAACACCUGAAUGGUGUGGAACUUCGAAACGGCGAUUCCACGGACUUCGACGUUUGUGUAAAUCUUUUUCGAGAGCACGUCAUAACGAAGCCGAUCUGCAGGUUUGAUGCCUGUGGCGCUCGCGGCGUGCCGCAGCCGCCGCUGCCGUCGAAGCAGCAUCCAAUUUACGCCUUUUCUUACUUCUACGACCGUCUCUACCACUUCCGCAGUGAAGGAUUCCCGGUAUACGUCUCGUCGUACAAGGAGCUCGGGCGGGAGGUGUGUCAGCGAGAGUCUGCAGACCACACCACCACCCCCAAGGAAACGACCUGCAUGGAGCUGGCAUACUUGUACAGCUUCUUGACGCACGGGCUAGGGCUUAGCGACGACAGAACCCUCGAGGUUCCUAACCGCAUAGAGGGUAUCGCGGUCUCCUGGUCUCUAGGCUGCUCUCUGUCCUUCGUGCUCAAGAUGGAAUGA